AUGGACUACCUGAUCCGCUUCACCCAAAUUCAUGAGUCCUUCCGCAAACCAGAGACAGACGCUCUUGCUACCCUGGCCAAUAUCGAUUUGGAAUGGGUGUUCUAUUCUGAAGAAUCUCCCUUCGCCAUCGUACGCUUCCCACAGCCACAGGCAAAGGACUCCGCCGCUGCAGCCCGGUCCUUAAUAACCCGCUCGAUCCUCAGCUACAGCAUCUACGAACUAUGGGGCUCCGGCCACGACUACCCAUCCCUCCACGCUGAUGUCCGCCACCGCACUUCAGCCUUAUGGCCCCAACACUGCCAUUCCACCUUCCGCUUCGAGGUCGACGCUUUCCAAGGUAGCCACACCGCUGCCGAACACCGGGACAUCAUCGAAUCCUUCGCCUACACCGGCUUCCACGGACCCAUCCGCAUGCGCAACCCGGACAACCAAUUCGUCGUCUUCGAGGAAUAUGAACUCGACGCUCCCAUUCCGAAGUGGACAUGUCUAGGCAGACUCAUUGCAGAAAGCGGCCGCAAAGCGAUCAACAAGUACAGUCUCAAGAAGCGUAGCUACAUCGCCACUACGUCUAUGGAUGCGGAGCUAUCGCUGGUAACGGCAAAUCUGGCGCAUGCUGCGGAUGGCAAAUUGUGCUAUGACCCAUUCGUUGGGACGGGAUCGUUCCCACUUGCUUGUGCGCAUUUCGGAGCUUCAGUUUUCGGAAGUGAUCUGGAUGGUCGUAGCAUUCGUGGGAAGAAAGGUAGGGAUGUCAAGGGCAACUUCAAGCAGUACGGUACUUCAUCACUGUACCUUGGUGGGUUUGUCGCAGACCUCACGAACACUCCUCUACGACGAGAGCGCUUUCUGGACGCGAUCCUCUGCGAUCCUCCGUACGGUGUGCGCGAAGGUCUCAAAGUGCUCGGCAGCAACAAGCCCUCGCUACAAGAAGAGGUACUUCUAGCGGACGGCCAGCCAGCUCAUCUCGCGGCGAGCUACCUGCCUCCGAAGAAAGUCUACAGCUUCACACGCAUGCUGGGCGACAUUCUGGACUUCAGCGCAAUUAUGCUGGUCGAUGACGGCCGACUAUGCAUGUGGAUGCCUGUUGCAGGGGCGACCGCAACGGAUGAAGAAGAUGAUACUGACGCCACCGAGGAAUAUGCCGUACCACAACAUCCUGCUCUUGAAAUUGUCAGCGAGUGCACACAGCAUUUCAACAAGUGGUCGAGGCGGCUACUCACCUACCGACGAAGGCAUGACUCCUGUGUAGACGGUGAUGCAAUGCUGGCUUACCGAGCUGAGAGACUAGGGCUCCAGAGCGUGAAUGGGGUUGGCACGGCAGAUGACUUGAACUCCUUCCGACGAAAGUAUUUCCAAGGCUUCCUGGAUCCCGCUCUACCACGAAAGCAUGAGAAGCUGCCUCACACGUACUAG